UAGCUAGCUAACCAGCUAAACUUAUAACGAAACAAGCGAGAGAUUCCUCCAAUCUGUCAAUUUAACUCGAGUUUUGGUAGUAUUUGAUAGCAGUCAAACUAUCAUUCGGUAUUGGUGAGAUGACAGAUCAGAAAGAAUACAAUACUAAAAUCUGAUCAAGCUAGCGAGUGUUCUGCUGCUAGCAAAAAGCCCCAGCUGAAAGUGUUAACGUGACGUUUGAUGACGUAACGAUCCAAUAACCUGAAACCUACCGAUUGCGCAUCUGCAAACUCUACAGUAGGCUACAUGUUGCUUAUCAGAGAGGCAGUUACCCUGUUAACUUGUCGCAGAUGCAGGUGAUCCAGCACCCCGCAGAGACACAUCGCACAGCCCUGUUGUCCAGCCGCUGUGACCUGACUGAUCGCUACCAUAAGUACAGUCGAGAAGAGCGGAGGCUCCUGGAAGAGUGUCUCUGCCUGGGGGAUGGGUCCUUGUUCCGGCCCAUCACUGUGCACUCUGACUCGGACUGGAUCCACUCGCACCCAGAGGAGCCGCAGGACUUCCAGAGUUUCUAUAGCAACCCCUACCGCAGCAAACCCAUCAAGGGUCACAGUACUAUCUACCUACAGAUCAUCGGCUCCUUUAGGGAGGCAGAGGACAGGCCGGUACGUGAGGUGGUUGAGGGACUACUGCCAGGCCUUCUAUUAUUGGCUGGUGGUUAAGCUGUUGCCUCCAGUUACCGUUGCUGCCACAGACUGUGCCUUCAGGGUCAACAGCAGUUCACACAACCUACAGAUCCACGCAGGGGAUUUGCUGCGGUUUCUUCAGAAGAGGAAACCGUAUGAUGCCUUCGGCAUCAUGGGCAUCACCGUGAUAGAUCUCUACCCCAAAGAUUCCUGGAACUUUGUGUUUGGACGGGCCUCUCUCACUGAAGGAAUGGGAGUUUUCAGCUUUGCCAGGUACGACGACAACUUCUACAUCAGGAGUUACGUGUAUCAGGCCUUGUCGGGGAGACUACUCUGUGUUUAAGGGCUACUACAGCACUCUUAUCACGAGCACCUUGCAAUGUUCAUGCUACAACCCAGCUCAGAGUUAUUAAAUGGUGUCAGUUUCAGUAUCAAUCCCUAUUGUCCUAGGGUGGCCUAUUGAACAUAAGUCUGAUCUUUGGCCCUGUCUAGAAAUGGAUUGUUAUUGGUUCAGUCUUAUCCCCUACAUUUAUGCCUAUCCCUCCUCUGUUUGGUUCCAGAUGGUCACCCAUGAGAUAGGGCACAUAUUCGGGGUGAAAUACUGCCAGUGGAUGCAGUGUGUCAUACAGGGUUCCAACCACCUGGAGCAUUCAGCCAGUCUAUUUCCCAUACUACAGUGUAAUGGGGUGACUCUGGAGUGGCUACAGUGCCUUCGGAAAGUAUUCAGACCCCUUGACUUUUUCCAAAGUUACAGCUUUAUUCUAAAAUUGAUCAAAUAAAAUAAAUCUGUUGAUAAAUCUAACACAACAUAAGGUGAUAAUAUAUGUAUUAACACAAUUAAUUAAACAUGAAACAAACACAACAUGAGGGUUAAAUGGAAGAAGUUUGGAACCAGGAAGACAUUUCCUAGCUGCUUGGCCAAACUAACCAAUCGAGGGUGAAGGGCCUUGGUCAGGGAGGUGACCAAGAACCUGAUGGUCACUCUGACAGUGCUCUAGAGUUCCUAUGUGGAGAUGGGAGAUCCUUCCAGAAGGACAACCAUCUCUGCAGCACUCCACCAAUCUGGCCUUUAUGGUAGUGGCCAGACAGAUGCCUCUCCUCAGUAAAAGGCACAUGACAGCCCGCUUGGAGUUUGCCAAAAUGCACCUAAAGACCAUGCACCAUGAGAAACCAGACUCUCUGGUCUGAUGAAACCAGGAUUGAACUCUUUGGUCUGAAUGGCAAAUGUCACAUCUGGAGAAAACCUGGCAUCAUCCCUAUGGUGAAGCAUGGUGGCAGCAGCAUGAUGGUGGCAGCAUCAUGCUGUGGGAAUGUUUUUCAGCGGUAUAGCUGGGAGACUAGUCAGGGUUGAGGCAAAGAAGAACGGUGCAAAAUACAGAGAGAUCCUUGAUGAAAACCUGCUCCAAAGCGAUCAGAACCACAGACUGGGGCGACGGUUCACCUUCCAACAGGACAAAGACCCUAAGCACACAGCCAAGACAACGCAGGAGUGGCUUCGGGACAAGUCUCUGAAUGUCCUUGAGUGGCCCAGCCAGAGCCCGGACUUGAACCCGAUCGAACAUCUCUGGAGAGACCUGAAAAAAGCUGUGCAGCAAUGCUGUCCAUCCAACCUGACAGAUAUUGAGAGGAUCUGCAGAGAAGAAUGUGAGAAACUCCCCAAAGGUGUGCCAAGCUUGUAGCAUCAUACCCAAGAAGACUCAAGGCUGUAAACACUGCCAAAGGUGCUUCAACAAAGUACUGAGUAAAUGGUCUGAAUACUUAUGUAAAUGUGAUAUUUCAGUUUUUUUAUGCAUUUGCAUCAAUUUAAAAAAGUUUUUGCUUUGUCAUUAUGGGGUAUUGUGUGUAGUUUGAUGAGGGGAAAAAAACAUUUUCAUCCAUUUUUGAAUAAGGCUGUAACAUAACAAAAUGUGGGAAAUGUCAAGGGUUCUGAAUACUUUCCAAACACACUGUAUAUCUCGUCUCUCUCAGACCUUGCUGCGAUGGAUAGAGAAGGGGGGAACAGCUAGCCCUGGACAGCCCACUAUCUCCUAGUCAGACUCUGAGCCCUACUGUCCCAAACCCACUCUGCCCUUCCAGACCUUCAGACAGUGGCUCAGGAGGUGUCUGGAGAUUCUGGAUGAAGUGAAAUAAUAGAAUCUCCAGAUUUACCUCUAAAUUCUAGAAUGGUCACACUCAGGAAAUGUAUAUGAUUUAUGAAUAUACACUAGGAUGAGAGGAAGAUCCUAGAAUGUACAUUUCUAUUCAAAGCACUUCAAUGACUUUACACAUUAUUGUGAUAUUUAUCUUUUAUUAGUACCAAGUGAUUGCUUUGUCUAAAAAAUGUAAAGUGACGUUUAAAAAGUAAUUGAAUACAACAUGAUGUCAUGGUGUUAUUGUUUCUUCACAGCUGACUUCAUGUAUCUACAUAUUAUUUGUAUCCUCUCUUACAAUACCAUGAGCCAAAACAGUGUGUUCAUGUUCAUGGGCUCCCGUGUGGCGCAGCGGUCUAAGGCACUGCAUUUCAGCGUCGCUACAGACACCCUGGUUCGAUUUCAGGCUGUAUCAUAACCGGCCGUGAUUGGGAUUUCCUUUGUUCAGUGUGAGCCACUCUCCAGACACCCAAAACCAGAUCUGAAAUCACAGGAUAGAUAGUCCAUGGCAGUCUACAUCUUUAUUCAAACAUUUGUCUGAUUUAUCUCAAUCAGCACUAGUUCAACUGAGACUUCAGUUCACCCGACUCUUAUGGGAUUUCCUUCUGACCUUUGUGAUGUCUUUUCAAGUAGAGAUUGUCAUCUGUUGGCCUUUUUCAGUAACGUUUUCUGGUCCAAAUCAAGGUUAACUUCUAGGUAGUCCUGAGGACUGUCUCUGUCCUGGGCCUCCUUCCCCUCUCGCUGAGGUACAGGGUUCCCCGGCCCCACCUGCAUGGGUUCUGGGAGGUUCUGAUGCCCCCUCCUGCUGUACAACCUGGUCUCAGAGCACUUCGUAUUUUUCUGGAAGUAAAAACCCUAACCAUUUUAGCUAACCCUUCACCUAACCUUAACCAUUUUAGCUAACCCUAACCUUAACCAUUUAUCCUAACCCCUAAAUCUUAACCCUAACCCUAACUCCUAGCCUAGCUAAUGUUAGCGAGCUAGCUAAUGUUAGCAAUCUGGCCACCUAGCGAGAUUUCGUAACAUAUACGUUUUGCAAAUUCAUAACAUAAAAUAUGAAUUGUAAUUUGUAUCAUAUGAUAUGUAUGAUGAACUUCCACAAAUGAAUACAUACCGUACGAAAUGUAACAUAUCAUAGUAAAUGUAGUGUCUCGGAUUUACAUACAGAAUAAUAGGAAAUGCUCUGAGGCCUGGUUGUGCAGCAGCAGAGCAGGCCUCUCUUGGCUGGUCGUACCAGACCCAGGAACACAGCCCCUAGACUCAUACCCACCGCACAGGAGUAGAACGCUGAGCCGUAGUUCUGAGUCAGGUCCACAAGAACACCUGAGAGAACACAAUAUAAAUUGUAUAUGGUGAACAAACUCAUUCAUUAAAAUGAUGCACAAA